AUGCUUGGCACAAAGGAGAUGCGGAUUCUGAUGUUGGGCUUGGAUGCGGCAGGGAAGACCACGAUUCUGUACAAGCUGAAGCUGUCGGAAGUUGUGACUACGAUCCCUACAGUAGGCUUCAAUGUGGAGACCGUCGAGUAUCGCAACAUCAACAUGACGGUAUGGGAUGUGGGAGGCCAGGACAAGAUCCGCAAGCUCUGGCGCCACUACUUUGAGGGCACAGACGGUCUGAUUUUCGUGGUGGACAGCUCUGACCGUGAUCGCAUCAGCGAUGCAAAGGAGGAGCUGCAACACAUGCUUGGUGAACCAGCGAUGGAGAAGGCAGUUCUCCUAGUGCUGGCAAACAAACAGGACCUGCCGAAUGCAAUGUCCGCCAGUGAAGUCAUGCAAGCUCUGGAACUCCAGAAGAUGCAGCAUCGGAAAUGGUUCAUUCAGGCAACCUCAGCCCCAACUGGAGACGGCUUGUACGAGGGCUUGGACUGGCUGUCGCGGGCCCUUUGCUCAAAGUAA